CUUAAUUACAGAGUCAUGUACUAAAAGCUGCACAGAGUCUAUUAUCUUGUGUUGUAUAUUUAAAUUGGCCUCUAUGUGCAUUACUCACUGUUGCAGUAAUGGAAAUUGACCUGCUGCACCUUUAUAAUGCCACAUCUUACUGUUUUUGGUUUGUACCAGUGUUGUUUGUUUUGUUAAAAUUGUACUUUAUCCACUUGAAGUGUGCCUUUGUCAACUUUAAAUGCCUAUGUCUUAACAUAACUUUAUAGAAAACAGAAUAGUUUUGGUAGUUUUUGUAUGGUAACUAUAACGAUAUGAUAAUGAAUGAUUAUGUUGUUGAGGUAAACCUCUAUUUUUCUAUUUAGCGAAGCCCUUCUUUGUUUAUCCCACAUACAAAAGGGAAAAUUCAUGCAGGUGAUUUAUUUAUAUGUAUAUAGAUAUAUCUGGCAAACUAGAAAAAAAUAUAUUUUUCCCUUCAUCUCUUAAAGGGGUCAUGAAUUGAGAAAUCAAUUUUUUUUGAACUAUUAAAAAAAAAAUCCUGCAGGUUUCAGAACUCAAAUUUACUGAAACCCUGCUCCGAAAACGCCUACUUCUACAUCAUCGUCUCUUUGGCCCUGCCCUCUGGUGCAUUACUGAGACGAGAAAAGAGAUCCAGUUUCACUGGAAUAAAAACAACAUUACCUUGCAAAGGACCUAGGAAAGUUGUUAUUUAUUUUCAACUAGGCUAUGUUAAUGUUUUUUAAUUGUUUGGUAUAUUCACUGUGGAUUCUUUGGUAAAUCAGUCGCAAUUUCGGCACGGGCUUUGCAAACAGCUUUUUACUAUAAGAUGUGGCCAUGAAUCACCCUACAGUAAUGCCACAACAUGUAAGUAGCCGUGUUAAUUCAAAUGCCUGAUCUGUUAUCAGUGAUUUCUAAUAUGAUUACGAUACAGUCUGAAAUUGUUUGUCUCAAAAUUGUCUGGAUUCUCUCCAAAACUCCCGAUUAUCAAUGAUGCUGUCUACAUGGAGUAAUGAAUCUCUUAUUAACAUUAUGUGAUGAUAAAAGCAUUCGUGGGAGUGUAGAAAUCGAGUUACAAUGACGAGAUCACUGCAUUCGUGUCUGUCAUCGGUUACGAUGCUCAUCACUGCAACAAUUCAUCCGGCGGGGUCUAAUAUUAUAAUCAAUAUUUUCAUGAUUAUUUAACCUCGACAGCAGUAAUAGUAAAAAUCUUCAAAAGAAUUCCACAUGCAUUACUUGUUUCAUGUGCAAAAAUGCUAGCCAGUCACAGCAGAGGACGUUUACACAGGACGAGUCUCAUAGACAAAACACAUCCUCGGUUCAGAGCAGAAGGCUAUAAUCAGGGUAUAAAAGGUCCUUUUAUUUAUUAAUUGACCAUUUUUGAUGUUAAAAUCAUUCUUCAGAAAACAUAAAUAAUUAUAAAUUCUGUUCAUGACCCCUUUAAUGAUAAAUUCUGUUGAAUGUGCAAACUGCAUGCACACAAUUGCUGGCUUAAGGGCUUUAUCAUGUCUGUCACAUAUUUAUGACUCAUCAACUAUUGUGCAAUUCAAAAGCUAUUUUAUUAUUUCAUAUUCCUCAAAUAUUUGUUACAAACAUAGCCUAUCUCUUUUUUUCCAUUUAUCUCAGCCCUGGAAGUUGAAUUGAUUUGUGAUUGCAUUGAUUUAUUAUGUCAUUAUUACUUUAAAUGGAGUUGUUUAUAUUCCUGCCUUAUGUAAAUUGAAAAAUUAAAAGCAAAGUUUGGGAUUGAUUUUAUGAUUCGUCUUAAUGGCGUGUAAUCAUGGACAUAGCAAGAUUUUGAUGUCAGAGAAAUUAAAAAAAAUAUUUCUUGGUGUGAGUGUGAAUACAUAGGCUAUUUGGCAAGAUCAUUUUAACUGCUGAUUUAACAAUAAUGUAAAAUAUAUUUUGAUGGGCAGAAUCUUAACUUAAGUUAUUAUUGUGUUCUUUCUCUGAUUUUUAAUAGUCUAAGUGUAAAUUAUCCUCCAGAGAGUCCAGAUGAUAAAUAUUUUCAUCUAUAAUACAGUUAUGAACAUUGACUCUCACUGGCUUUCAGUUUAUGAAUACAUUUCGCCUCAGCCCUCCCUUGAUAUAAUGCAUGAAUAUGGAUGGGCUGUUGUGCCUGAAUCUAUUCAGUGCAUUGGAAUAACUCCAACGUUGGCAUAGAACCACCAACGGCAGAGGAGACCACACCGACCAGUCCGAAGGAUAAUCAUGGGGAGCAAUGACUCAAAGGGGCUUCUGAUCACCGAGAAGGGUCUGUCUGGCGUGUCUGCAGUGAGUGACAUGUUGCGCUUGUCCUAAACGCUCGUGCGUCUGUAUUGACUGGCCAAUAUGUUGAGCCGACUGAUGAGUGGCAGCGAUCGGACUCUUGACAGGGAAUUCAACUGUACAGUGCGACUGCUGGACGACUCGGAAUACACUUGCACGGUUCAGAGGGAUGCAAAAGGUCAAUGGCUCUUUGAGCAGGUUUGCCAUUAUCUAAACUUGUUGGAGAAAGACUACUUUGGCAUCCGAUUUGUGGACCCAGACAAGCAACGACACUGGCUGGAGUUCAGCAAGCCAAUUACCAAACAAAUGAGAUCUCAGCCACCCUACACCAUGUGUUUGCGUGUUAAAUUCUAUCCUCCGGACCCUGCAGCUCUUAAAGAAGAUAUCACUAGAUACCAUGUCUUCCUUCAGAUUAAAAGAGAUUUGUAUCACGGCCGACUCCUGUGCAAAAGUUCAGAUGCUGCUGCAUUGGCCGCAUUUAUUCUGCAGGCUGAGAUUGGCGAUUAUGACCCAGGGAAGCAUCCGGAAGGUUACAGCUCUAAGUUUCAGUUUUUUCCAAAGCAUUCUGAGCGCCUGGAGCGCCGCAUUGCUGAGAUCCACAAAUCCGAGCUGACAGGCCAGAGUCCUGAGACAUCUGAAAUGAAUUUCUUAAGGAAAGCUCAGUCUCUAGAAACAUAUGGAGUAGAUCCACAUCCCUGCAAAGAUGUGUCUGGGAAUGCAGCAUUUCUUGCAUUUACCCCCUUUGGCUUUGUGGUACUCCAGGGGAACAGGAGGAUUCAUUUCCUCAAAUGGAACGAGGUCACCAAACUAAAGUUCGAAGGAAAGACAUUUCAUAUAUAUGCAACUUAUCAAGAGGAUCAGAAGAUCAUCUUGACUUACUUUGCUCCAACACCUGAGGCCUGCAAGCAUUUAUGGAAGUGUGGGGUGGAAAACCAAGCUUUCUACCAGUUUGAGAAAUCAAGUCAAGUUCGCACUGUGUCCAGUAGUAAUCUUUUCUUCAAAGGGAGCCGUUUUAGAUAUAGCGGUAAAGUGGCCAAGGAAGUGAUGGAACAGAGUGCCAAAAUCAGACGAGAGCCUCCAGAGAUCCACAGGGCUGGGAUGGUCCCCAGUAGGAGUUGUCCCUCCAUCACUCAUGGCCCACGACAGAGUAGCGUUCCCCGAACACGGAGGAGAGCAGUCCAUAUUUCCAUCAUGGAGGGUUUGGAGUCCCUGCGUGACAGUGGCCAUUCCACACCAGUGCGGUCGGUCUCCAAUGGCAACUCAUUCCUACGCUCCCAUGGAAAUGGAGCCGAGGGAGGAAGUGGGACAGCUGAGUUUUCUGACGAUUCUUACAAUCCCUCUGACAGCGUGCUUCCCACACCUGUGUCCAACGACCCUUCAGACCAGGCACAGGUGCGCCACACAAACGGGCCACGCAGGAUCCAAGAUGAAGGAGGAACAGAACCAUGCACUCAAAACCAGGCAAGGCCACAGGCCGUUAAGCCCAAAGGGAAACGUUCCCACCUGGAGAAGACUCGAGUAACCCAGCAUGGCCCAGAGGAGGAAGGGGUGAAUGAUUUCAUCUGUAGUUUGGCUCGUCUUUUCUUAGUGACCCUGGCUCUGCUCUUUGCCCUCCUUAUCCUUCUUAUUGUGCUAACAGAAUCUGAGCUGGACUUGGCCCUUCUUAGGGACAUCCGGAGGACACCUGAAUUCCAGCAGUUCCACUAUGAAUACUUUUGCCCCCUUAGGCGCUGGCUGGCCUGCAAGUUGCGCUGGAUGGGUGGCAAUCUCAUUAACAAAUAACUGAGACUUGAGUGCAUAAACAGCCCUCUCUCCUGAGAGUGUAGUCUAAUAUGAGAGUGGGACCUUCUAAGCAUUAAUAUCAUACCAUGUACCAUGAGAUUAAAGCGAAAUUACUAUUAACUACGUAGCCAAAGCCCUUGGACUUCCUACCAUGCCAUGACGAGAGAACCUGUUUGUUUAAACUCUAGUUAUUGUGAAAUUGUUCUCUGCAGCACUUGGGUAAAAAAUUCAAUGUAUAGGUAUUUAAAUGCUGCUGUGACCCACCCGUCCUUUAUCUAUAAUUUAAAUAUAAUAUCUACACUCUAGAAAUAUUCAACCAGACUGUGAUAACUGAUAAGUUAGACCUCAUACUGCAAUCAAAGACAAAGUUGCCUUUAUUGGCCAGGCAAUAGACAGGGUCCGAGACAGCCAUAGUUCACCUAAAAAUUUUCUCACCCUUAUGUUGUUCUAAACUCAUAAGAUUUUGGUUAAUCUAAUCUAAUGAAACACAAGAUAUUUGGAAUAAAACCUGAGAGGUUUCUGUUCCUUGUCCACGCAGUUUGUCGUAAUUUAUUACAAGUCUUGAGAAGAGUAUGAUCGCUUCAUAUGCUGAACAGAUUCAAUGUUGGCUUCUGUUGGCAUGAUACAUAAUGAGUAGUAAUGAAAGCACAUCACAUAUGGUAAACAGAAGCUCCAAUGUGAGAAUCAAUUAUGAGAGAUUUUGAUGAACAAUAAAAAAAACUUACAUUUUUUACCACUUGUGAUAUACUGUUCAUUAUAAAAAGUGAUCAUAUCUCUUUAAAAGUCUUGGAUUUAACUACCCAAUUCGUAUGGGUUCAUUUCAUGACACCUUUAUAUUACCGUUUUGGAGUUUUAGUUACAUGGAAUUCAAUGGAAGGACAGAAACUUCUCGGGUCCUCAAUAUAUAUUCAUUUGUUUUUGAAAGAUAAAUAAAAGUCGUAUGACAUGAUGAGGAUGAGGAAAGAGUUUUUGGGUGAACUAUCUCUUUAAUGUUGGACAGUUUGGGAGUGAGUUUGGAAGUUUUUUGGAUGAGGUUUUUUGUAAGUGUAAUGUGUUGGUACAGGGUGUAAAUUUGAUUGACAAAUUUACAAAUUGCCAUUGACAGUGUCAUCUCUUUUAAUAGUGCUUCAGUGCUGUUUUGAUGAGAAUUUAGUGACAUUUUACUAGAAGGUUAAAUUUGUUAACAUUAUAGGUAUCAUGUACUCGUUAAUUCAUCCUUCUAAUGAACGAACAUGAAUUAACAAUGAAUAAUAGUACAUUUAUAUUGACCUAAAUAAAAAAAAAAGCUUUUAAUAUAGUUGCUCAUUGUUAGUUCAUGAUACCUAAUGGAUUAAUACAUUCAACCUUAUGGUAAAGAGUUACUGAGAAUACAUUUGUGUAAAGACUUCAACACCAAGGAAUGGGUCAUGAAAAUUCCCACUGACCUUUAAGCCUUUAAUCAAUCCAGAGCGAGAAACGAUAUUCUAUCCCAUACAAAUGUGCACUGAUAUUUAGUGGAAGAUGGCAGCCUUGAGAUUUAAAUAUUCUGAUGAGGGUGAAGAAAGUGCACUUGAUGGACAAAGUAAUGUGAAAUAUUUGAAAGUCUAAACUAUUUCUGAAAAAAAAAAAAACCCAUUGAAUUAUCUAUGAUUUGUUCAACUAUUUUUUUAAGCAUGCAUCAAUAUACUGGAGACCUCAUUCUUCCACUUACACAGCCUUAUUUUUCAGAAUUAAAAUGAUGAUGUCUUCUGUAGGAGAUUAUCAGUUGUGUAAUUAUGAAAUGAUCUUAUCCAAAGGCACAUAGUCUCAGAAUGGCUGAAUUGGUAAAUACAUUUUCAGUCUAAACCAAAUGACAGAAUGUUCAAUUUCUGCUUCUUUUCUAAUGCCUUCGUGAGACACAUAUAGUAUAAGACUAGUGGCAGAGUAAUUUAUUUUAAAUGACAAACCGAUGGUUAAUUUAAGACACAAAGGUCAUCUGUGGAAGUAAUCACACAUACCUAUAUGCACAUUUUGAUAAAUAUCUUUGGUAGAAAAGCUUAUGUCAAGAAAAUAAAAAUAAAACCUAACUGGAACUCAAUGGUACUUUCAGUUGUCAGGCCUGCAGCAAUUGCAAAUGUCCCAAAAAGAUCUAAAUCAUAUUUGGGGGUUGAAAACCCUACAUUUCAAGAAAGCAACAUAGUGUGAUGUAAUUAUUUAAUGUGUUGUUGUGUGCCGCGUGUGUGUAGCUUUAUAAAAUAGCCUAAUAUAACUAGAAACAGAAUGAACAAUACCACUGAUGGCACAGAUGAAAACACCUGUAUCGCAAUCUGAAUAUGUUUGUCUCUGUAGCCUACUGGUGAUUAUGCGAUAAUAAUA